AUGUCCAUCUUGCCUCAUCCGCAUAUCCAAGGUCACAAUUCGUCUUCUUCUUCUCCUAUAGAUUCGUCUCUAAACCCUAGCUCUGAGCAUGGCAACACCUCUUCCGUCUCUCCUCUUUCCACCUCUCCUUCCGAGAUCUCUUCCUCUGGAAUUGGAUCCCUCAGCCUCGCCGGACCUUCUUUCCCCAAUCCUGAUUUCUCCGGCGGCUCUCGGGAACCGAUUGCUGCAGCUGAGGAGAGACACAUCCGUGGAUCUUCCAAAGAGAUGACGCAAAUCGGAUCAGGGAAGGAGAGUUUUUCCCCACCUAGCUCAGAUAAACGUGACCAUUCUCGAUAUGAUGGUCGAAGGAACAGGUCUAGAGGGAGAAACACCGGAGCUUCUGGCUCUUCUCAAGUGCACCACCACAACACUACCACCGGACCCUCCAAUUCCCCUAGAGUCGCCUCCCAUCACAAUCCAACCGGAAGAAGAGCCAAUACGGUCAGUGGGAACCACUUGCUGAACUUUCAGUAUGAUCCGAUUUCGCCUCCGCAACACAGAGGUGCUCCUCCGCCUCAAAGAAGGCAAAUGUACAAGAGGAGGCCUUACAACAAGGACUUGUUUCUCAAGGCGAAUUACAAGUUUGUUGUGUUGGACACUGGAGAUCACUCUCCUGACUCUAUGGAUCCUGAUAAACUGCUGCAGUGGGAGAAUAUAAUCUGCGUUAGGUACUCAACUCCGUCUUCUGUGCAGUGCCCUAUUUGCUUGGAGUAUCCUCUCUGUCCGCAGAUAACCUCCUGUGGGCAUAUAUUCUGUUUCCCUUGUAUUCUACAGUACUUGCUGAUUGGUGUGGAUAACCACAAGGAGGAUUGCACCAAGAGGUGUCCGUUGUGCUUUGUGAUGAUUUCUCCGAGAGAGCUGUACACUGUUUAUAUUGAGAACGUUAAGCAGUACUCUGUUGGAGAUGCGAUUGAGUUUGUGCUCUUGACUCGCAAGAAAGACUCUUUUGCUCCAACACGCAGGAAUGAGAAUGACUCGGCUGUUGUUCCUGAUGGUGGAAAUGAAGCGUAUGAUCCGUUCUCGAAGUUCACUUUCACUCAGGAUGUUGAUCUCUCUGUCAGACAAGCGGUUUCUGAGCUAGACGGUUGGGUUGCAAGAGCAGAUCCGGGGCUCGUCGAGGACUUGGAGAAGCAUUUAUAUGUGAACGCUGCUUUGGAGCGUUUGGAGCAGAGGAAAAUGUACUGGAACGAGCACAGGCUCUAUAAUAACUACAGCAAAUCAAGCACAGCGCCUAGAAGUCAGAUACCAUCAUCCUCACCUCCUGAUGUUUCUCGAGCUGGUUAUCAAGCAGCCAGCUGGGCGAAUGGAGCAACGACUAGCAGCUCCAACGAUCAAGAUAAAUCGAUUGAUGAUUCUUCUGUGGAUAAGUCAGAUGAGGAAUCUCAUUCUAGUUUGGAAAAGAGUUGUGAUACUGGUCAUCCUCUAGAAGACCAGGAAGCUCCGUCUUCUUCCUCGCGCAAUGGAAGUAAAGGGCCCCUGUUGUACCAAAAUGAUACCAAAGACCUGAAUGACAAUGAUGCUUACAACUUUUAUCAGUCCGUUGAUGGGCAGCACAUUAUCAUUCACUCUUUGAAUGUAAAAUGCCUUCUGCAUCACUAUGGCAGCUAUGACUUGCUUCCACCAAGAGUGAGUGGAAAGAUAUUGGAAAUGGAGACCGUAACACAGUCAGAAGCGAUAAGGAGACGCUACCGCUUCUUGAGUCAUUUUUCUUUAACAACUACAUUUCAGAUAUGUGAGAUUGAUAUGAGGGAAUCACUGCCUUCUGAUGCGUUUGCUCCAUUUAUGGAUGAAAUCAAGAAGCGUGAGAAGCAGAGGAAAGAACGUGCUAAGAAGGAUCGAAAAGAUAAAAUCAAAGCUGAGGUAGCUGCAGCCGCAGAGCUUGCACCGUUGAUGAUGGCCAGUUUUGGACAGUCCUCUCAUGACAACUUUCCUCCAUUUUCUUUGGAUGACUUCGAAGCACUAGGAAACUCUGCACCAACAUCAUCAAGCCCUCCAAACAUCGGAGAGAGAAGUUCCUUCUCACAUGUGACAAGGCUCGGUUUUGCAGCUGGCCAUGACUCACCCAACCUGAAUAAAGAACCAACAAGCGUUCAAAGCAGCAGCAGUGAAGUCACAAACGCAACCACAGGUGCAAGAAACACAAACGUAACAUCUUUUGCAAGUGUAACCUCAAGGACACCAAGCGCACCGGUGACCAUCAAAGAGCCUGGAAAGAAAGGGAAGAAAUCGAGCCGUGUGCUUCUAUCGACAACCAGUGUACGCCGCUACUGA